GACUAUGAGGCCCUGGAGCUUAGGAUUAAUCCCACGCAAAUAGAAAUUGACAACGACAGUGACGACUUGGUUACAAGAAUCGAACUGGACUCUGCAAAUUAUCCUGGGACCUUAGUAGAGGUGGUGCAGUACAUGCUAGGUUUGAACCUUCAAAUCAGGCGUGCGCGCAUAUCUUCAGACAGAUCUUGGUUUCACGAUGUGUUUGAGGUGACUGAGGUCAAUGGAGAGAAGGUCCGCAACACCCGGAAGCUGGACUUUCUGAAGAGGAUGUUGAACAUUGAGGAGGAGGGGAUCUUCAGCAAUGCUGGUGCGAUGGGCCAUGAGGGAGCCAGUGGCCCCACAGAGUCCACAGUGGUGGAGCUGGCGGGCCCAGACAAGGCUGGCAAGCUGGCACAGGUCACGCGGCUGCUUACCAACAAUGGUUGCAACGUGCGCUCGGCUGCGGUGUGGACCUACUAUGGGAGGGUGGCCUUUGUGCUGAGCGUGCUGGAGAAGGGCAAGCCCAUCGCAGACCAGGUCAAGCUGCAGGGGCUGCGCCAGAUCAUGCUGGACAUCAUGGGACCUGAGGGCGAGGGCAUUUCUGGUGUGCAUGUGCAGCAUUCGGGAGUGGUGCACCACGACAGGACGCUGCACCAGAUGAUGCUGGCAGAGGACUCCAGGGCCUGGGAUCAAUCCCACAGCACACACGCCGCACGACUCAAGCCCAACAUCAGCAUCGUGCAGUGUCGACACACGGGCUACUGGCUCAUUUCCAUCGCCUGCAAGGACCGGAAUAAGCUCCUGUUCGACACGGUGUGCACGCUGGCAGACAUGGAGUAUGACGUGUACCACGGCACCAUAAAUUCGCACCCGGACGGCAGCGCGACGCAGGAGUACUACGCCAAGCCGCGCUGGGGCCGGCCCUGGGACGCGCGCGCGGCUGAGAAGCUGGCGGCCAUGCUGGAGGCGUCCAUCCAGCGCCGCUUCCCCAAGGGCCUCAAGCUGCACGUGCACAGCGUUGACAGCUUCGGCUCCCUCGCCACCCUCACCGGCGUGCUGCGCGACGCUGGCCUCACCAUCAAUCGCGCCAAGACGAACUCGGCCAACAACGUGUGCGGGCACACCUUCUACGUCAUGGACGCCAGCGGGGCCGCCCCUGAGCGCGCAGCCGUCGAG